GAGGUGGGACUGGCGGGGGAGCUCGCUCGCUCUCAGCUGUUCCGAUGCAAAAGCCAGGCCAGCGCGCAGCCCGCGGCAGCCCCCUUUAGCAGCGCAGCACCGAGCAGAAGUUGGCAAGUUGCUGCUUGGGAAGGGCAGGCGGCUCCGGCGCCGGAGGGGGGCGGCUGCGGUCUAUGAGGGACUCCCGGGCGCCGCAGGAACCGGCGAUCCAUGGACGCGGGUGGGGGUGUCUCCUCCUCGGCCCUGGAGAAGAACGUGGCGGAGCUGACGGUCAUGGACGUGUACGACAUCGCCUCGCUGGUGGGGCAGGAGUUCGAGCGGGUCAUUGACCAGCACGGCUGCGAGGCCAUCGCCCGCCUCAUGCCCAAGGUGGUGCGGGUGCUGGAGAUCCUGGAGGUGCUGGUGAGCCGCAAUCACAUCAACCCCGAAAUGGAGGAGCUGCGGCUGGAGCUGGAUCGGCUCCGGCUGGAGAGGAUGGACCGGAUCGAGAAGGAGAAGAAGCACCAGAAGGAACUAGAACUGGUGGAGGAUGUAUGGAGAGGGGAAGCACAGGAUCUUCUUACCCAAAUUGCUCAGCUUCAGGAAGAGAACAAACAGCUGAUGACAAACCUGUCGCACAAAGACAUCAAUUUCACAGAAGAGGAAUUUCAGAAACACGAAGGAAUGUCGGAGAGGGAGAGGCAAGUGAUGAAGAAGCUGAAGGAAGUGGUAGAUAAACAAAGGGAUGAGAUCAGAGCCAGGGACCGGGAACUGGGACUUAAAAAUGAGGAUGUGGAGGCACUGCAGCAACAACAGAACAGGCUAAUGAAAAUUAACCAUGACCUUCGGCACAGAAUCACAGUGGUUGAGGCUCAGGGGAAGGCACUGAUUGAGCAGAAGGUGGAAUUGGAAGCAUAUCUGCAAACCAAGGAACAGGAGAUGGGCACUUUGAGGGCAGAGCUUGGGAAGCUGAGAGAGAAGCUACAGGGGGAGCACAGCGAAAAUGGAGAAGAAAUAAAGUCAGAACCUAACAAUGAUGACUAUCUUUCUGAAUCGGAGAAGAUGGCUCUGGAUUUAAAAGAUCCAAACCGUCCAAGAUUUACUCUACAAGAGCUACGGGAUGUCUUACACGAGCGGAAUGAACUGAAGUCUCGAGUGUUUUUGCUGCAGGAGGAGCUUUUAUAUUAUAAGAGUGAGGAAACAGAAGAAGAAACUAGAUCCCCUCAACCUACACCCAUAAUUAAUUCAAAAACCUCAACUCAGCCAGAAUCUGGAAUCAAACGAUUGUUUAGUUUCUUCUCUCGUGAUAAAAAACGCAUGCAGACGACACAGAAAAACAUUCACUUCCAGGAUACUUUUGGCGAAUGGGCAGAUUCAAACAAAGAUGACUCCUACACCGAACAAGGCCAAGAGGCCCUUCAGCAUCUGUGAUUAACACUCCAAGCCAUGUUGCUUACCACAAUAGAUCUGAAUAUUCUAGUAACAAGAAGCUUCCAUAAAAAAUGAGGAGCUGCCAGAUUUGGUUAUCUGCCUGGCACAUGUUGACGGUUGUUUCAGACAUACUUUCCCAAAGGGAUUCCUCAGUGUUUACUUGGUGACUGCUCUGUGAAAACAGAAUCCAGGCUCUGUAGUAAUGGUUAUUUAUACUCCCGGGUAUCAAAGCUUCUAGAUAACUAGUUUUGUGCUGAAUAACAAGUCUGUGGGACUCUUGCAUUAACUACAGUAACACGAGCUUCUUUAAACCAAAAAGCCCCCUGUGCCAUUAUUACAGGUUUAGUUGCAUUGUACAAUAUUGAGUGGUGAAGACUCUGAUACCAUGUUUGUUGGGGGGAGGAGGGGAUUUUUCUUAGUUCUGUUAAUGACACUUUCAAAGAGAGAUUUGCAGUGUAUACACUAUUUCCAGGGCAGGUCCUACCACAGCUGUAUCCUGUCAAACUCACAGGUUGCAGAUAAACUUCUUGGAACUUCAGCUGAUAAAAAUACAGAAACUGGAACAGCUGUGAGGGACUGUGAUUGUAUAUUUCUCCUUGUCGUUUAUAGUGCCUAAAGCAUGUAGAUACUGAUGUACAAGGUGAGUGUGCCUUGCCUUUUGCUCUGAGUUAUGCAGUAUUAACAGAAAAUGAAUUGCUCACACAGAGGAAUUCUAAAAACUC